ACCCUUCACCACCACUCUUUUCCCAAAAGUGACUAGAAAGACGCACAUCGUCAACCACCAGAGCCUCUGUUGCAGGACAACACUAAGCGGCAGUACACUCGUUUAUUAUUCGCCACUUUCAACUCAUCACACCACCAUGUACGGCCUCUUCCACCUCGCCGUCCUUUCGGCGACAGCGCUCUCCGCAUCCGCACUGCCUCAACAACAAGAAAAGCCUGGCGUCAACAAAGACUUUAUCUGCCCGCCCGAAGACAUGAAACGAACACACUGUAUGGGACCCUUCGACUGCCUGUACGCACUACCAGGAGACUGCCUCGGAUACAUUCAAUGCCAGCCCAAAGACACGACGUACGAGACCGGUAUCGCGUAUGAAAGGCCAUGCCGUGCGGGUCAAUGGUGGAACGAUGAGAAGAAGUAUUGCGACACGGUGGAACCUCCAACAUGCAAAGCUCCAGUGGUGCCAGCGUCAGCACCUGCACCUGCACCAGCUCCAGCUCCAGCGCCAGCUGCACCGGCAGCGCCCGCCAGUACGUCUCCUUGCUGAUCAGCUUUCUUUGGAGUUGGUGCGUAAGGGGAGAGCAUGAGUAAUACUGACUGCACUUGUUGCAGACAAUCCUGGUCCAGCCUCAUACAACUAGACAAUUAGAUCAAGGAAAGAUAAUGCGCUGUUUGGAAGAAACAUGACAUUGGGGAUAAGAAUGAUUAUCAGGUCCCAUACAGAGGGCAAGAAGGAAAACCUCACAUCAUCAUCAUACUAUCUAUCUCAGGCUGAGCCAGCUACGAUUGGCAUUAUUUUCCUUUGGUAUCGUUUUUUGUUACUGUUUCAUAUUGUAUAUAUUCGCUCGCGCCAGGCGGGAGGUGUUAUACUAUGUAUGCUCGAAGCAAUUCAAUGCAUGCCGCAGGUUGGCAGGAAUUA